AUGGCUCCAACGCUGGAAAGUCCAGAAGAACCCUUAAAACCAGAUAUUUUCCAAGUGAUAAAUGAGACACUCCAGAAAAGGAUCAUGGUGUUUGAUGGUGGAAUGGGCACCAUGAUACAAAGGGAAAGACUCGAUGAGGAUGAUUUUCGAGGUGACUUAUUCAAGAAUCAUCCUAAAGCGCUCAAAGGAAACAAUGAUUUACUGAGCAUGACAAGACCAGCUGUGAUUAAACAGAUACAUAAGGAUUAUCUUGAGGCUGGAGCAGAUUUUAUAGAAACGAACACAUUCAGUGGUACCUCUGUUGCUCAAGCUGACUAUGGUUUGGAGCAUAUUGUUUACAGACUCAACAAAGAAUCAGCAGAGGUAGCAAAACAAGCCUGUGAGGAAGUUGCUCAGAAGACAGGCAUUCCUCGCUAUGUUGCUGGAGCAAUGGGACCUACCAACAGAACCCUGUCUAUAUCCCCUUCGGUGGAACAACCAGAGCUUCGAAACAUCACCUUUGACCAGCUUGUGGAUGCCUAUGCAGAACAAGCUCGAGGGCUUCUUGAUGGAGGAUCUGACGUAUUACUUGUGGAGACCAUCUUUGACACAGCCAACGCCAAAGCUGCCUUGUUUGCCAUUGAGACUGUGUUUGAGUCUGGAUAUCAUCGUGUUCCUGUGUUUGUUUCAGGAACCAUCGUCGACAAAAGUGGCCGAACUCUAUCAGGUCAGACCACCGAGGCUUUCAUCAUUAGUGUGUCCCACUCUCAACCAAUGUGCCUGGGACUCAACUGUGCUCUGGGCGCCGCAGAGAUGAGACCAUUUAUUGAAUCUAUCAGCAAGAAUACAGAAGCCUUUGUGCUGUGCUACCCAAAUGCUGGUUUGCCAAACACAUUUGGAGAAUAUGAUGAAACACCAGAAGUCACAGCAUCACAAGUGAAAGAGUUUAUGAAGGAUGGCCUUGUCAACAUUGUUGGAGGAUGUUGUGGGACUACACCAGCUCAUAUCAAGGCUAUAGCAGACUUAGCCAAACAUUACAAGCCCAGGAUUCCACCAGCUAAUCUUCAUGCAGGACACCUUUGCCUUGCAGGACUUGAGCCAUUUUACGUUACCCCUGAAACUAAUUUUGUCAAUAUUGGAGAGAGGUGCAAUGUGGCAGGCUCAAAAAUGUUUUGCAGACUUAUAAAAAAUCGGGAGUUUGAGAAAGCUCUAGCGGUGGCAAAGACGCAAGUGGAAAAUGGUGCACAAGUUUUGGACAUAAACAUGGAUGAAGGAAUGUUGGACGGUAUCUCUGCUAUGACAACAUUUGUUAAUCUGAUAGCAUCAGAACCAGAAAUUGCUAGGGUCCCGCUGUGCAUUGAUUCCUCCAACUUCAGUGUCAUCGAGGCUGGUUUGAAAUGUUCUCAAGGAAAGUGCAUUGUCAACAGCAUCAGCUUGAAGGAAGGAGAGGUAGACUUCUUAAAGAAAGCCAAGACUGUCAAGCGAUUUGGAGCAGCUGUGGUUGUUAUGGCGUUUGAUGAGGAAGGACAGGCCACAGAUUCUGAGCGUAAAGUUGCCAUCUGUACCCGCUCUUAUAACCUGCUGACGCAGAAGCUUGGAUAUAACCCCAAUGACAUCAUCUUUGACCCCAAUAUUCUAACUAUUGCUACAGGCAUUGAGGAGCAUAAUGAAUACGGAAUCACCUUUAUUGAAGCCACUGCCAUCAUUAAAAAGACACUGCCUGGUGCCAGAGUUAGCGGAGGAGUAUCAAACUUUUCCUUCUCCUUCAGAGGAAUGGAAGCAGUCAGAGAAGCCAUGCACACUGUGUUCCUCUACCACGCUAUCAAGGUUGGUUUUGUGCCUGGGAUGGACAUGGGUAUUGUCAAUGCUGGAGCCCUGCCGCUCUAUGACGACAUUGAGCCAGAACUGCUCCAGUUGUGUGAGAACUUGCUGUGGAACAAGGACCCUGAGGGGACAGAGAAGCUCUUAGCUUAUGCCCAGAACAUGAAACAAGGGGGUAAAAAAAAUGCUGCUCAAGAGGAUGAAUGGAGACAGAAAUCUGUUGAGGAAAGAUUGUCUUAUUCUCUGAUAAAGGGAAUAGACAAAUACGUUGUUGAAGACACAGAGGAGGCCAGGCAGAAUAGUGUGCUUUACCCAAGACCUCUAAAUGUCAUAGAAGGUCCUCUAAUGAAGGGUAUGAGUAUUGUUGGCGAUCUGUUUGGCGUUGGCAAGAUGUUCUUACCUCAAGUCAUCAAGUCUGCUCGUGUUAUGAAAAAAGCGGUCGGCCAUCUUAUUCCCUUCAUGGAAAGGGAGAGACAGGCAAUGAUGCUGGCCAGUGGUCUUCCAGCAGACACCGAGCCAAGUUACCAAGGUACUGUAGUGAUUGCAACUGUGAAAGGCGACGUACAUGACAUCGGCAAGAACAUUGUGGCUGUAGUGUUGGGCUGUAACAAUUUCAA